AUGCUGAAGAAGCUGCUGCUGUUUGCUCUGGCUGGAGUGGCCGUCUUCACCGUAGGGAUCCUAAUCGGCCAUUUUGGGAUCAAACAGAAGAACUCGACUCCGUUACCCAAGUGGGUGCAGCAGGUGGCUCAGGAUGUGGACGAGAACUUCAUCGAGAAGUUCAUUGCUCAGGUGGACAAUGUGCAGAUUGAGGAAAGCCUAAAGGUCCUGACCCAUGUACCCCACAUGGCCACCACGGCCGGGGACGAGGCCACAGUCCAAUACAUGCUGAAGCGAUGGCAGGACAGAGAUACGGGGCUGGACGCUGCAUGGAGGGAGGACUAUACAGUUCAUCUGUCCUUCCCAAACAAAGACAAGCCAAAUAACGUCACUGUAGUGAGAGGUGCGGACGUCGUGGACUUUAUACGAGAAAAAGAGAAGGCAUACUACGCAGAUCAGGAGAAUCCGGACGUGGUGCAGCCGUACGCCGCUUAUGGACCUGCAGGACACACUCAGGGGAAGCUCGUGUACGCCAACCAGGGGAAAGUGAGCGACUACGAGCUUUUAAACCAAACGCUGGGCGGCUUAAGUGGAACGAUCGCCAUCGUCAGAUACGGAGGAGCGGGAAGAGCUGAUAAAGGCAUCAACGCUGCCCCUUUCGGCGUCGCCGGUGUGCUCGUCUACACAGACCCUUAUGACAUCAAUGACGGGAAGUCGGAUGAAAAAGACACGUACCCCCACUCGUGGUAUCUCCCUCCCUCUGGUGUUGAGAGAGGAGGCUACGUAACAGACUUUGGAGAUAUGCUAACACCGUACCUGGCUGCCAAAAAGGACACGUACAGAAUCGAAGAGAAGGACGUCACUGGGGUUUCGCCCAUUCCGAUCCAGCCAAUAGGGUUUGAAGAUGCUCAGAAGUUUAUAUGUGAGCUUGGUGGAUCUGAGGCUCCUGAAACCUGGCAGGGCUCGCUUCCCUGCAAGUACAACUUCGGUGGACCGGGAUUCAAAAACACGUCUCGUUUUAAAGACUGUGAUGUGAAGCUGGACGUGUACAACAAGGCAGAAUUAAGAGACUCGGCGAAUGUGAUGGGAGUGAUCUGGGGCAGUGUAGAGCCAGACAGGUACGUGAUCUAUGGGAACCACAGAGACAGCUGGGUACAUGGCGCCGUCGACCCCAGCAGCGGGACGGCAGUCAUGCUGGAGAUCACCAGAAUCUUAGGCCAAAUGGUCAAGACAGGAACAUGGCGGCCUCGGCGGACGCUGAUCUUCGGCAGCUGGGGAGCUGAGGAAUUCGGUCUGAUCGGAUCUACUGAAUACGCUGAGGAGUAUAUAAGCAAGCUGAGCCAGAGAACAGUGGCCUACAUCAACGUGGACAUCUCCGUGUUCGCUAACGCAACACUGAGAGCCUUGGGGAGCCCCAUAGCACAGCACGUCAUCUUUACUGCCUCCAAACAGGUGAAGAUACCUGGAUCGGACACUGUGUCCGUCUACAGUAAUUGGAUGCGAUAUUCGAACAGGACGAGUCCCACGCAUGGCGUCAUCCCCAAUAUGGGAUACCUGACAGGAGCAGGAAGUGACUACGCUGCAUUUAUGCAUUACCUGGGAAUAUCCUCAAUGGACAUCGCCUACACCUAUGACCGGAGUAAAACCAGAGCACGCAUCUACCCUGCAUACCACACGGCGUACGACACGUUUGAUUAUGUGUCCAAAUUCAUCGACCCAGGCUUCACCAGUCACCAGACGGUCGCGAGGACGGCAGGGAACGUUCUGUUGCGGCUAGCCGACAGCAUUUUGCUCCCGUUUAAUUGUAGCGACUACGCGGAGACACUUGAGCAGUACCUCAGCGUAGCUGUGGAGAACUUCGAAGCUGAACUGAACACUUCCGGCAUCUCCAUGGAACCUUUAAAGGAAGCGGUGAAGUCAUUCCGGACUGCAGCCGUGAAUCUGGAGCAGAUCAUUACCAGUUCGGACGUCGUGAAUAACUCGCCACUGAACGCUCGCAGGAUCAACGACCAGCUCAUGCUGUUGGAUCGUUCCUUCCUGAACCCACUCGCCUUCCCUGACAAAUACGGAUUCAGGCAUGUCAUCUGGGCGUCCCGGUCCUCCGGCGUGGCCACGUUUCCAGGUCUGGCAGACGCCGUGGCGAAAGCGAAGACGAGCAGCCUGAAGCAGGAUUGGGCUCAAGCACACAAACACCUGUCCAUCGUCUCGCAGGCCAUCUCCGGGGCGGCGCACACCCUCAGCGAAGCUCACGCUGCCCUGUAA